UGAAGUAAGCUAUGAACUCUGUGAAUGUAGUUGGACUAGUUUUUUGAGGAGGAUAGGAAAGAGAGGGUGAGCUAUCGAAAUCGGUACCAGCAGCUUCUAGUUCUCUUUCUCUCUCUCUCUCUCUCUUUCUCUCAUCACCACCACUGCUCUCCCCACUUCUCUUUCUGCCUCUUUCGAACAUGGUUGGAGAUCAUUGUAACCAUAGCAGUGAAAGACCUGUACUUUCUCAAACUCCCAAAACUGGAAUAAGUUGCAAAAUGGUUCUACAAGCAGUAGGAAAAGUAUUAAGGAAAUCCAAGGGAAAACCAAAUGGUAAAAAGCCUGCAACAGAAGAAAAGAAACUAUAUCUUGAACCAGAAUAUACAAAGUCCAGGAUUACUGACUUUGAAUUCAAAGAAUUAGUUAUAUUACCACGUGAAAUAGAUCUUAAUGAGUGGCUAGCUAGCAACACAACAACGUUCUUCCACCAUAUUAAUUUACAGUAUAGUACCAUCUCCGAAUUCUGUACAGGAGAGUCAUGUCAGACUAUGGCAGUAUGCAAUACACAAUACUACUGGUAUGAUGAGCGAGGAAAGAAGAUCAAAUGUACAGCCCCUCAAUAUGUUGACUUUGUCAUGAGUUCAGUGCAGAAGUUAGUGACGGAUGAGGAUGUAUUUCCUACCAAAUAUGGCAAAGAAUUCCCGAACUCCUUUGAGUCCCUAGUGAAGAAGAUCUGCAAGUAUCUGUUCCAUGUGCUAGCCCACAUCUAUUCAUCACACUUCAAGGAAACCCUGGCACUGGAAUUGCAUGGACAUUUGAACACACUCUACGUACACUUCAUCCUUUUCAUCCGGGAGUUUAAUCUGGUGGACCCUAAAGAAACAACCAUCAUGGAUGACCUCACAGAGAUCCUCUGCAGCAGCAGCGGGAACAGUAGCAGUAAUGGAAGUGGCAAUGGCAGUGGUGGUGGCGGCAGCAGCAGCAGUAGUAGUGCAGUAGCACAGAACCAUGUGAAGGAGAGAUGAGUCUUCCUAACCAGAGCAAAAUCAACGCUAACACUUAAAAAAAAAAGGAAAAUGCUCUCUAUUCUCGGAUGUAUGCAUAUGUAUAUGUGCUUAUGUGUGUAUAUAUAUACAUAUAUACAGACAUACACAACCAAGAAAGCUUAAGCAAUUAUGCUGCCACCACAGGACAUGUAGACACAAAGGACUAUAUGGAGUUUUGGUUAAAUGCAUCAUCCUUGGCAAGACGUUGCACCAGUUUUGUGGGGAUUUUUUUUCCUUCCCUCCAUUUUUCUCCUGUUUCUUCCUUAUCUGAUGGAUUAUGAGUGCUGUUUUUAAGAGACGAACCACAUUUUUUGAGUUGGGCUACUGCUUUUGUAUUCCUUUCUUUUUUUUCAUUCUGCCCACUUCCUCUUGGGAAGUGGUCCUUGUCCUUGAAUGCAAGCUCCCUUUUAUCUGGCUCACUUCCUCUCUAAGAUGGUGGUACUACCAUUUUUUUUUUUAAAAAAAAGUUGUAAACCGUAACUUAACAUGUAAAGUGGCUUACAUGGGGGGCACAUUGAGACUUGUCUUUGUUUUUACUUCAGUUGAUCCUUUUUCUUCCCUUCCCUCAGACCUUUUCCAUCUAACCCUUCAUUGGGUUGUAACGGGGAGGAAAAUUGUUUUGGCCCAACUAAAGUAGCAAUAAGGCUUCCAGUGCAUUUAAGGGAGGUGGUUCCCUGAUCUCCCUGGGGUCAGAGUGUGGAUCUUGAAAGUGCCCACAAAAGUUCUGGUAUUUUUAGAGAGAAAUUCCAGAAGAUAUACUAGCCAGGGGAGGAAUCCACCCUGUGGUAAAAGCCAUGACUGCUUCUUCUUCGCCAAAGGGGGCCUGAGACAGGAUGGGAAGGGGGCACACAGUCUGCCACCACUAUGCUAAGAGAGACGGCUGUUGGCAUAUAAUUAUGUUGUUGGCUUAUUUUAGUUCAUCUGUCCAAUAAUAAUAAUAAUAAAAAAUUCUAUCAGAUGCAAGUUGAA